AUGGUAGACAAUCAAGGAUCUAUAUCAGUCCUAUAUCUGUUGGGGGAUUGUAUUGGUAAGGGUGGGUUUGGAGCCGUGUACAAAGCACUUAACACAACCGAUGGCAGUGUGGUUGCCGUCAAGAAAGUUAAGAUCGGAAAAAUGUCCAAACAGAAGCAGAAGACGAUCAUGGGUGAGAUUGAGCUAUUGCGCACAUUGAAGCAUCCCUCCAUUGUGGAGUAUCGUGGCUAUGUGAGGCAGGGCGAGUACCUCAACAUAAUCCUUGAGUACAUUGAGAACGGAUCGCUACAGAGUAUCAUGAAGAGGUUUGGGCAGUUUCCCGAGAGAUUAAUUUCCGUCUACACCAAACAGGUAUUGGUGGGUCUCACUUAUCUGCACGACCAGGGUGUGAUUCACAGGGACAUCAAAGGGGCAAAUAUUCUCACCACAAAAGCCGGGACGGUUAAGUUGGCUGAUUUCGGAGUGGCAACCCAAUUGCAGGAUCAAGAGGAAGGGUCUGUCGUUGGAACGCCUUAUUGGAUGGCGCCAGAGAUCAUCUCGCUCUGUGGCGCUCGCGAGGUGUCGGAUGUGUGGAGUGUGGGAUGUACUGUGGUGGAGCUGUUGACUGGCAACCCUCCCUACUUCAACCUAGCACCAAUGCCUGCACUCUUCAGAAUUGUCCAGGACGACCACCCGCCUAUACCCAGCACAGUGUCACCCGUGCUCAUGGUAUGA